GAUGUAUCAGAUACUCUGCAUAUAUAAUAUUCGAGUCAAGUAUAGCACACGUCAAUCAUAGUCGCGUCGUUAUCGGAUAAGCACAGACAAUGUUUUUGUUAUAGAAAUAAGAUAUUAUUUUCAAAAUUCAGAGGAAAAUUUUGUGCAGUUUCGUUUUGUGAUUUGAGUGUGAAGUUUGUUUUUAAUAACGUACUACUGCAGUCACAAGAAAAGAUUUAGACCGAGAAACAAAUACAGCCACAAUGGAUUACAUAACGGAACCAGAAAACAAAUUGUUCAGGCACGGUCCAGAAGUUAUACAGAAGAUAAGAAAAGAAUAUAAUUUAGAUAAAGAAGAGAGAAGAGAAGAGGCUAUUAGAAUUGUAGAACAAUGGAUCAAAACUCAAGAACAUUUUAUAAAGAAGGAAUAUCCUAAAUCCUAUAUAGAAAAAAGUAUAAUAACCUCAAAAGGAUCCAUAGAAAGGGCGAAGAUGCAGAUAGACAAAAUGUGUACGAUGAGGACUUUGUUGCCAAAAUAUUUCCAAAUAACCAAUAUUCAAGAGAGCGAACUGAUGGAUAUGUUGCAAAAAGGUUACAUCGGAUUGGUACCGCAGCUAACUCAGGAACUGCACAGAGUCAUCAUCAUUAAGAUCAAACCAGAUGCUAACAUUAGUUCUGGAGAUUACACAAUGCUUUUCAAAUUCUUCGUCAUUGUAGCUGAAUAUUUAAAAUCCUACGAUUAUUGUCAAGGAUUUACGAUAAUUGGAGACUGUUACGACGCAAGCGCAGCUGAUGUUUUAUCUAAAGUUAAUCUACUUGAGCUUCAGCAAAUUAUACCUUUAUUCACUGACGGUUUCGGUACAAAAAUAAAAGGAAUUAUUUUUGUAACUGCUUCAAAAUUCAUUGAAGGUUUUGUGAAACUUGUAAAGCCUUUCUUUUCUGAGAAAGUGGCGAACAGGAUACAUGUAGCAACUACGAAGGCUGGUGUCCAGGAGUACAUCCCUAAUGAUAUACUGCCUGAGGAGUAUGGAGGGAAGGGAGAAUCAGUAGAAGUAUUACAUGAUAAACUAGUACAGAGUUUAUCAUCAAAAUCUCACCAAGAACUCCUAAAGGAAAUGAAUGCAGCCUGCACGGACGAAUCGAAGAGAAACCGGGAUAAAUUCAAUGAGAAAUAUAUGGGGAUGCCAGGAACAUUUAGGACGCUGAGCUUAGACUAAGUUAUAGAAAAGAUAAUGACACUGAUUUCAAUGCGUACUAUUGCUAUCUUUUACUUUCAUAAAGAGUAAAAUAAGGACAGCCAUAGUUUUACUUAGAAAUGUUAAACAAUUUUGCAGUAAUAACCAUUUUGCUUCAGCGCAUUUGAUUAUUAACGGAUUUUUGGGUGAAUUUUAAUUGUUUUUUUUUUGACUUCGUAAUUUCUUGUUGUCCUUCUCUAAUUUUAUCAAAUGAAGAAGACACCAAUAUCCUACAUUUAGUUUAAUAUAUGUUCAGAGGGAUCAGAGUCAAUGUCUUCAGGUAGUAUGUGUAUUAGGGUCUAUGUUGUUGCCUAACUAGUGAAUUUCGGGGACAAAAACCAUCCUUAUAGUAAUGACAAUAAAGAGGAUAAUACUGUAA